AUGGCUUUUGCCAGCCCGGCCCGGGACUUGGUUGCGCUGGCAGACCUGCACCCAAACCUGGCUCGUCCUAGUGUAAUCGGUGUGGUUAUUGGGAAAACAGAUGUCAGAGGCUUUCCAGACAGAAAAAACAUCGGGUCCGAGAGAUACACCUUCAGCUUCACCAUUCGUGACUCACCUGCGUACUUCAUUAACGUCAGUGCCUGGGGCAAGGAGGACUAUGUCAGAUCACUUUCAGAAAGCUUCAGGGUUGGUGACUGUGUUACAAUUGAAAAUCCCUUAGUUCAGUCCAAGGAAGUGGAGAGGGAAGAAAAAUUCAACCCUGUGACUCCCAGUGGCUACAAAUUGCUGCUGAGUGAAACUCACUCCGUGGUCAAAACUUCCUCCUGCUACGAAAUGGACACGAGGUUGCUUCCUCUGCUGCACCUGCCUGUCAAGGACCCCCAGGAUUAUUAUUCACUGGGUGAUAUCAUGGCAAAUGGACAAAGCCUGGAUGGAAGGAUCCUGAAUGUGCUUGCAGCUGUGAUGUCAGUUGGGGAGCCAAAGCAUUUUAUGACCUCAGACAAGAGGAAAGGUCAGAGGUGUGAAGUGAAGCUCUAUGAUGAAACUGAGAUGUCUUUUCCAAUAGUAUGCUGGGAUAAUGAAUCCAUCCAGCUGGCACAGAGUUGGAUCCCCCGAGAAACAGUCAUUUUUGCCUCAGAUGUGAGAAUAAACUUUGACAAAUUCAGGAACUGCAUGACUGCCACUGUGAUAUCCAAAACCAUCAUCACAACGAAUCCAGAAACAGCAGAAGCAAAUGCUCUCUUCAGCUUCAUAAAAGACAGUGCAUGCUCAGGAGCUCUGCAUGACAAGAUGGACGAGCAGGCAAAAGAUUCCAUUAACUUGGAGACUAUAGUUGAUGUUUACACUGUGGAGCAGCUGAAGGAGAAAGCUUUCCAGAGUGAUGGGAAACUGGAGCCAGUCUAUGGCAUUAUCUAUGGCUACAUUUCCACCCUGGACAUUGAUGAUAACGCAUCCAGAGUUGUUCGUAACAGAUGCUCAGUUUGCCGCUUCAUAGUGAGCGAAGGGUCCAACACCUGCACCUUCUGCAGCGAUGUCUCCUCAGAUUCCAGACCAACCUUUGCAAGCUUUGACAUCCUGGUGGAUGUGACAGACCACACAGGCACUCUUCCCUCCUGUUACCUCUCUGACUGUGUGGCUGAGGAAACUCUAGGCUGCACAGUCCAUGAAUUCCUGGCUCUAGCAGAAGACAAGAAGACUGCGCUGAAGUGGCAGCUGCUUUUGGAGCGCAGCAAGGUCUAUUUUAAGGGCACUUUGGCACCCAGCUGGAGAACUGGGCUGAAAGUGAACCUUCUGUCCUGCCAACUGGCAGACCCUAGAGAGGCAACUCAGAGCCUGCUGGGGAAAGAGACUGGGAGUAAGAGAUUGCACCCUUAA